AUGGCGGACCCACCCGCGGGAGGGCCCGAGAUCACGCCCACAAACACCCAGGAAACCACCAAUUUCUCGGUCGAGGAUUUCCAGCCUAGGGUGACCAACAUCCCAACGCGAGCCACUAGAAAGAGGGGACGACUAAACGAGAGCUAUGCUCCUGAAGAGGGCACCGGCCGGAUCACCACCAGGGAAGUGUGGAAACUAAUCGACGAACUGAAGGACACCAUCCGCUACCAAACCGCGACCAUAGCAGCUACUCAGAGCGAGCUCCAGGAGAUCAAGCACAACCAGAACAUCCUUCAGGAACAGAACGAAAAGCUACACGAUGAAGUGAAGGCGCUGCGAGCGCAGGUUGAAAAAGCCCCAGCGGCGCUACCGACGAAGACCUGGGCGGCAGUUGCAGCCCGCAGUGACAAUGCCACCCCCUUGCCGAACCACCAACGACCCGAGAGAGACGACCACUGUAUCCGAAUUAGCACCCAGCGGACUUUUGUCGAUCCAAGAGAUAAUGAAACCAGCGACGGAAACGCCUUCGGACGAUAUCUCCCCACCGAGGUCGCCAACGACCACAUCCGCUCGGCACUGUGGAACGACGCUGCAACCCAAGACGCUCAAGUGGCGGGCAUCGGCACCACCAAGACUGGCUAUCUUAUUCGUUUCAAAGACUUGGAGUCGGCAGAGGCGGCCCGCAACAACACUGAGUGGCUGCACAAACUGGGUAACAACACGAAGCUAGUCAAACCACGGUUCGGAGUGGUAGUCCACCGCACCCCCACCGAGGAAUUCGACCUGGAGACAGGUGCCACACAGGCAGCGGAAAAGAUCGUCAGUGAGAACAGCCUGGCGGAACAAGGUUUCCACAUCGAGGAAUUGGCAUGGAUGAAAGCGAGGGAUAAGACCCUCGGGAAAUUCGCGUCGCUAGGGAUCUGGUUCGACUCCGCAGAGGGGGCAGAACACAUGCUUCGCAAUGGCUUUUUGGUGAACGGACACUAUAUCCCCCACGUGGAACAACGCGAGAUCAAGAAAAAGAGAUGUUUCCGGUGUCAACGGUUCGGACACCUAGCAUGGACGUGCAAGGAAACGCCGCGAUGCGGACACUGUGCUGGGCAGCACGAACGAGAAAGAUGCCCACCGGGACCCAUCGACCCUCUCUCCCGUCCAAUGCUAGAGAAAAACCUUCGCGUACUACAGUUGAACAUGAUGAAAUCAGCACCGAGAAUGGAAGCGCUGAUCAACGACCAUCAGAGCCAAGAGCUAGAUAUUCUCCUGAUCCAGGAACCGUCGAUCACCACCUAUCGCACCCACGUAAACCACAGUGCCUGGCGACUCUACCGACCUACUACACAACUCGAUGCAGUUCGAUUCCGCAGUCUGGUCUACGUCAACAGACGAAUCUCUACAUCUUCACACCGCCAGAUACUAUGCGAUCACCCAGAUGUUGCAGCCAUCAAGAUCUGGACAGCUAACUCCCAAAUACUUCUCUUUUCUAUAUAUAUACCACCAGCACCACUGUUCACCGGCGAUGAUGGCUCAGGAUUACCAGCUCUCGCUGCGAUUCAAGGCUCCAUCACAGCAGCCACACAAAAUGAGCAGCACCCGACCACCAUCAUCAUUUCCGGUGACUUUAACCGACACCACCCUAUGUGGGGCGGCAACCACAUCGAACCCAGGUUUAUCGAAGAUGCUAGCGACCUGAUCGACUUCCUCCAGACCUACAACCUCCACAGCUGCCUGCCUCGCGGGACAGCGACUUACUGGGCCCUGAACAACCCAGGGCAAAACUCAACCAUUGACCAAACAGUCACAGACAACCCAGAGCUGCUGGUCAAAUGCCACCUGUAUCACGAGAACUACGGAUCCGACCACCGCGCCACCUAUUCAGAAUGGAACCUCCAACCUCAAAGCACACCGGGGACAAAGACGAAGAAGGCAUAUGAACGCGCGGACUGGGCCAGGAUUGGCGAUGAGAUCGUCCAACAGAUGAGCCCUUGGAAAGAUAUUAGGACCCGACCGACUCUCGAUCGAGUCGUCCAGCAACUUACAUCUGCAACAGCGCAGGCGGUGGACCGAUUUACACCCGACACCCGUCCAACGCCGUACUCCAAACGGUGGUUCACACCGGAGCUUAAAGCCCAACAGGUCGAAGUCAACCGACUACGCAGGAGCUGGCAAGCGAGCUGUGCGGAGCUCGGGCGAGAUCACGCCAACAGUAAAGCCGCCUACCGGACCAUGCAACAGAAGCGGAGAGCAUGGACCCGGACCAUCGAGAAAACCAAAGCUUCACACUGGAAACAGUUCCUCGACGAAGCGGGCGAAGGGAAGCUCUGGAAAGCGGCGACCUACAUGAAACCUCGAGAAACAUGGGGCUGCAUCCCAGUACUACGAGUCGGCUCUGAGGAGCUCGCCCAGAACGAGGACAAAGCGAAGGCCUUCCUUGACUCAUUCUUCCCCGCGAUGAACACACCUGACCCAAGCCCAGCACCUGCACCACAGUCAGAACUCCCGUGGCACCCGAUCACCGAGGUCGAGAUCGAGCGAUCGCUGAAGGCGGCGAAAGGAAACACUGCGCCAGGGGAAGACAAUUUACCGAUGCUGGUCUGGAAGAAGCUUUGGACACACCUGAAAACCAUCAUUACCAACGUCUUCAAGGCGUGUGUUGAAUUAACAUAUCACCCAAAGCAAUGGCGCAACGCGAAGAUCAUUGUGUUGCGGAAGCCAGGCAAGCCAGAUUACUCCGUUCCCGGCGCCUACCGACCAAUCUCGUUAUUGAACACCCUAGGCAAGCUCCUUGAAGCAGUGAUGGCCCGCCGGCUAUCCCACCUCGCAGAGAAAUAUAAUCUGCUGCCGAAUAGCCAGUUCGGCGGCCGACCGGGCAGAACCACUGAACAAGCCCUUCUGGUGCUAUCCAGUGCGAUAGACAAGGCGUGGUACAAACAUAAGGUGGUAACACUCAUCUCAUUCGACCUUAAAGGUGCCUUCAACGGAGUAAACCAAAUCAGCCUAGACGCCUCCCUGCAGGGGAGAGGGAUUCCAACGACUGCAAGGAAGUGGAUUACAAGCUUCAUGAGUGACCGGCACGCCAACAUCGGAUUCGACGACUUCCGUACCAACACAGAACCACUGGUCAACGCAGGCCUAGCACAAGGGUCGCCGCUUUCUCCUAUCCUGUUUGCAUUCUUCAACGCGGAUCUGGUGGACCAGCCCGUCGACUCCCACGGAGGCGCAUCGGCGUUCAUUGACGACUACUUCCGAUGGCGAGUCAGCAGCUCAACCGAGGAAAACCUAGCCAAAAUACAGACCGAAGAUGUGCCACGCAUCGAGGAGUGGGCCCGACGGACCGGAUCCUGCUUCGCGGCGGAGAAGACUGAGCUCAUCCACCUGACCAGAAAGAAAAGAGCACACCCGGGAGGAAACAUCACCUUCGAUGGAACGAAUGUCAAGCCGUCAUCCACAGCCAAGCUGCUGGGAGUGGUGUUCGACCAAGGACUCCGCUGGAAAGAGCACGUUCAGCAGGCCAUCAAACGCGCCACGAAGACGACCAUCGCUUUGAACGGACUACGACACCUGCGGCCUGAGCAAAUACGACAGCUCUACCAAGCGUGUGUUAUGCCGGUCGUGGACUAUGCAUCAACGGUCUGGCACGACCCGCUUCGAGACAAGACCCAUUUACGCCACUUGAACACAGUACAGAGAACGGUGUUGAUUCGGAUUCUGUCAGCCUUUCGAACAGUAGCCACCACAACGCUCGAAGUGGAAGCCCAUAUACUUCCCACACAUCUCCGCCUUCGCCAUCGAGCACAGCGCACCAUUGCGAGACUACACACACUACCACGGGACCAUCCUAUUUGGGGAGCACUAUCACGUGCCCAGAAGCGCAGGAACAAUAUCGGAUCAUGUGCACGCUUUCCCCUGGCGGAAGCGUUGAAAACCAUGGAUGUUGACAGGCUCAACGAGCUCGAAACGAUCGAUGCCCGACCAUUGGCCCCGUGGCGUCUCGACCCUUUUGCGGAGGUCGAACUCGAACCCGAUCGGGAAAUCGCGAGAAAGAGAGCAGGGUCAACGAGAGACACUUCGGACAUCGUCGUCUACUCAGACGCCUCUGGGCGUGAGGGUCAUCUGGGGUCGGCCAUCGUCACACUCAACGAUGGCGAUGAGAUCUUAGAAUCUCAACAGAUCCAGGUGGGGCCAAUGGACCGGUGGUCGGUCCAUGUCGCAGAACUCAUAGGCAUAUUCAACGCGGUGAACCUGGUGUUCAAGUUAGCCCACCAACGCCCAACAGUCGGAAAAUGCAGGCACACGACCGCAACAAUACUCUGUGACAGCAGAUCAGCUCUACAAGCAAUUCAAAACGCGAGGAACAAAUCAGGCCAGCGAGUCGUCCAUGCAAUCAUACAGGCAGCCUCUGAGGUUCAGACAGCGAAGGUCAGACUGCGUCUCCAGUGGAUUCCCGGACACUGUGAGGACGUUGGGAACGACGCAGCGGAUCGGCUUGCGAAGGAAGCCGCGAAACCGGGUAAAACCCACCCCUUUCGACCGCUACUAUCGAGGGAGAAUGCGUUCAUCCGCAGUAAGAUCUAUGCCCAAUGGGGCCAGGAGUGGAAGGAAAGCACCAAAGGCGCACACCUACGAAAAAUCGAUGGGAAUCUACCGGCGCGAUACACGAGAAAGCUCUACGGGAAUUUACCCAGGAACCGGGCAUAUCUGCUGACGCAGCUACGCACGGGCCACAACUGGCUAUCUCCCUACGCGAAACAGUUCGGAUUUCGCGAAGACGACUUAUGCGAGUGCGGCGCGCGGGAGACAGUCGCCCACGUCUUGAUGGAAUGCCCACGGCUGCGGGAGCUGCGAGUUGAACUGAAAAAGAAAGUCGGGGACACGCUCAACAGCGUGUCGAGUCUGCUGGGAGGCUCAAAAGAAGGUGAGAAAGGUAAACCAGACACCGUCUCGCGCACGAAGUCAGUACAGGCGGUACUGGACUUCGCCGAGGCGUCACAGCGGUUUUGUAGUCGUGCGCCAUAA